GCCGCGAUGUCCCUGGAGGAUCGGUUGACUACAUCGCUGGAGGACAGCGAAGCUUUGCUUCUCAAUGUCUCCAAAGUGCUCUGGGACUCCAGCGCGGAGCGUUACCAGUACGCCGUCUGGCUCCCCGGCAUCGCAAUCGCAGCCGUUUACGGGCUCAUCAUCCUGGUGGGUCUGGUCGGGAAUAUCACUCUGAUGAAGACGUGUCUGCUGGUGAAGUCCAUGCGCACGGUGCCCAACCUGUUCCUGUCCAGCCUGGCUCUGGGGGACCUGGUGUUGCUGGUGACCUGCGCCCCGGUGGACGCCAGCCGCUACCUGGUGGACGAGUGGCUGUUCGGGCGCGUCGGCUGCAAGCUGAUCCCCUUCAUCCAGCUCACCUCCGUGGGGGUCUCCGUGUUCACCCUGACUGCGCUCUCCGCUGACCGGUUCAAAGCUAUCGUCAAACCGCUGGACAUCAACAGAUCGAGCGCCACUCUGAGCAUCGGCCUGCGCGUGGGCACCAUCUGGUUGCUCUCUGUCACCCUGGCCAUUCCCGAGGCCGUCUUCUCCGACCUGCACACCUUCACCACCAGCUACACCAACGUGACGUUUGUGACGUGCGCCCCCUACCCGCACGCCGGAGAGCUGCAUCCGAAGAUCCACUCCACUGCCUCCUUCCUCGUCUUCUACGUCAUCCCUCUGCUCAUCAUUUCUGUUUACUACUGCUUCAUCGCUCGCAGCCUGAUCCGCAGCUCAGCAGACAUCUCUGCAGAGGGACACCUGCAUCUCCACAAACAGAUCAAGUCCAGGAAGCGUCUGGCCAAAACCGUGCUGGUGUUCGUCGGCCUGUUUGCUCUCUGCUGGCUCCCCAGUCACGUCAUCUACCUCUACCGCUCCUACCACUACGACCAGGUGGACACGUCGCUGGCUCACUUCAUCGCCAGCGUGUGUGCUCGCAUCCUGGCCUUCACCAACUCCUGCGUGAAUCCCUUUGCGCUUUACUUGAUGAGCAAGAGCUUCAGCAAGCACUUCAGGAACCAGCUGCUGUGCUGCAGCUCUCCCAGACGACUGUACAGUCAAAGCAGCACGAGUGUAAACGUGACCUCCGUCUGAAGGAGUCCCGUUUCCCCCAAUCAAACACAACAUGUGCUUUACAAGGACUCUGCUACCUUUGGUUCUCUUGGAUGAGUUGGUAAAUUAUUCUCAGUUUGUCGGAAAAGGAAAGUAACGUCAGUAAAGCUGAUGUUAGGUACUGGUUGGUGAACUAGUCCAUGGUGGGAAUGGAUCAUUUUUGUUGGCGGUAUUCUUUGAAUGUUACAUAUAAACUUAAAUCCAACAGCACUGUUUGUGCCAUUUGUGGUUUUGCAAGAGGUUUAAAUAAUGCAAAUAAAGGGGUGUUUAUUGCUCUCAUAUUGAUAAGCCAGACAAAUUGUUCCUUUAUUCUGCAUGUUUUGGUUUGAUGUAGUGGUCGCUUAAAAAGCCAAAAGUGGAUUUUCAGCUUUGGCCUUGCUGGAGCUUCGUUGACAGUUUUUUUUGACCCGUGUUUUAAACCAUUUCAUCCGCUGCGGUUGCUUACAGUUUACACGUCCCAAAAACGACGUGGAGCAUCUUUUCUAAGCAGCUCGUAUUAAGUGAAUGGUAAUCUAUAUUUUUAAAUAUGGGUUAAUAUAUUGGUGUGGGGACAUUUUCAAGAUCCAGAGUUGAUUAAUUAACGGUUGUUUUAUCAUGAACAAAAUAAAAGAUUUUCCAUGAGUUAAAACAUCUCAAUUAAAAACAAAAACAGGGAAAUCUCUUUCUUCUUUGCACCUGAGACGUUGUUAUUAAUUAUUAAAUGUUCUGUGUUAAAAAAAAACAAAACUGUUGGACCAUUUUGGACCUAACUGUGAUGGAGUUUAUGAUGUCUUUGUUGGCUUUACUUCUGUGGAGUAUUGUUAUUGUCAUUGUUUAAAUUGUCACAUUGUAGUCCUUUUUCAUUUGACGCAAAAUAAAAAAAGAAACUACAAAACA